AUCUGCUUUAAGAGACUUCAAAAUCCAAAAUCCCUCAACUGCCUCCAUAGUUUCUGUUUGACAUGCCUGGAAGACUGGGUUAAGGAGAAGGCUAAGCUAACUUGCCCAACUUGCUCAAAAUUAUUUCCAAUUCCGGAGGGUGGGCUUGAGAAGCUUCCACCAAAUACCUUUCUAAAUAAUUUAUUAGAAACUAUCGAACGAUUUUCAGUGAGAGAUCAGAUGAAAUGUAGUGUUUGUGAAAAGGAUGAACAGGUAAAAUACUACUGCCAGGAUUGCAGACAGUACUUGUGCUCUACUUGUAGCGACUAUCAUAAGAAGUUUAAACUCUUUGCAAAUCACAAAAUACAUUUAAUGGAGGAUGUGCAAUCAAUGAGCCCCUCUCAGAUGACUUUGUUACAUCCGCCUCUGUGUUCACAUCACAGUAAACCUUUGGAAUUCUACUGCACAGAUUGUAAAACUCCAAUCUGUGUGAACUGUACAAUUGUGGACCACAAUGCAUGGGAUGGAAAACACAAAUCAAUCAACAUUUCAGACGCAUUCCAAACAUUUAAAGAAACUUCAGCCACCUUGAAAAAAUCUGCCCAACACUUUGUUAACAAAUUAGAAGAUGGUCUCAAAGCUGUUAUUCAGAAUGCUACAAAAGUAGACCAAUGUAAAGACACAUGUUUGAGAGACAUAGACAAUCACGUUGAAGAAAUAUUCAAAAAAGUAAAGGAGAAUAGAGACAAAAUGAAAAACGAAGUAGAGACAAUUUACAAAAGAAAAAAGAAGGUAAAUGAUGUACAAAUGGAUGAAUUUAAAGCAAUAUUAUCCGAUAUAAAAACAAAACUGUCUUUUCUUAACCAAUUAUUGAAGAGUGAUGAAGGCACUGCAAUGCAGUCAAGUGAAACAGUAGUUACAGCACUCAGGGACAGAAUCAAUGAAUUACCAAAAACAGAGCCAGAUGAUAAUGGAGAAAUUUACUACUUCAUAAACAAACAGCAAAUGACUUCAUUAAGACAAUGUGCUAUAGGGACUGUAAAAGAUUUGAGGGCCGCAGACUGUUUAACAUUAAAAGGAGAGGAAUCUGUGAGCAAAGAUCAGACAAUUAUU